AUGGCGACCACCUCGUCGACGCAUCCUCCUGAGCCGUGGAGCUCCACUCACCCAGAUUUCACGAGUCUCCGAUUCUUCAUUUGGACCGGAGGAGACGUUGGAUUCACGCUGACAUCAGUCAACCCCUCGGAGAGUGAAGCUUGCUCACUUACCUUUGGCGAAGACGACGAGCUUCGAGUGGGUACUGUCACAGCUAUGAAGGUCUGGGAAGCUGGCGUUCGUUCAGGUGACAUUUUGGAGACCGUGUCUGGCAAGCGCGUGCACACGAUGGAUCCUGAAGCGGCGUUGGUGUUGGUGCAGAUGUCCAAGAGGCCGUCUAUCGUCCGAUUUCGGUCACCAACAAGCGGGCCACGUGAGCGCUUUGAUAUGCUGCUCCGCCACCAGAAGCUCGGAGUGUUCUUCACAGGAGACAGCUGUCACGAUAUUCCAGUUGUAACUCGAACUAGCCGUCGAUCGAACUUGCGAACCUCUGAUCCUGAUGUGGUCCCGCCUUUGGAGGCCCGCCCUGGUGACGUACUCGUGGCGGUCAAUGGUAAAGACACGAUCGCAGAUGGACUAAAUGCGACGUCGAAGUACCUGGAAACGUGCCCACGGCCACUCACGUUUACUUUUGAACGCUUCAGAAACAAUGGGGGGUUAGAUCACCAAGCUGCAAGCACAGACUCGGCAGAGCACCGGUUGGCGUCUUCCUCUUUUCACCGAACGAUCUCAUGUGCAGCAGUGUCUGCUUUAGCUGCUCGAGAAACGGCGAGUCUUCGUUGUAAAGCCUUUAUGCAGACACUAAUGCCAAAGAAUGAGCCUUCGACUCUAUCCCCAGUACAUCGAGACGCUGGACAUUGUCUUCGAACGCGUGGUGCUCGCAAUGACGUCGUGAUUGAAUGGAAAAGAGGGCCUCUGGGGUUGACGCUGCUAGAAGACGCAAUUUCAGGAGUACCUGUCGUCAACCGGUUGACUGGAAAAGGCUUGUCAGCUAACAUGGAACGCUUGCAGCACGGAUUCCAGCUCUCCUCGAUCAACGGUGUCCAAGUCGAAGCUUGCUCGCUCGACGACCUCUGCCAGGACCUGUUGACACUGCCAAAGCCCGUGACACUCGUCUUUCGUCCUCUGCUAUCCAAUGCCGCCAGCGACGACAGCAGCGAGUCUCAGUGCAGCGUCAUCUCUACGUCGUCAUCGGCCAGCCCAGACGUCCCAGGUUCAGACGGGAUCGAGCUUCAUGGAGACGCCCACCAAACACUGGCCACGACCUCAGCAGCGCCGCAUCGGUGUCCCGACCCAGCGUCGUCCGCACGCGAGCAGUACGAGUACGAGGUCGUCUGGACAUCGACGCGGCUUGGACUGAAACUAGACAUGCCGUACGACAGCGAACGCCAGUCAGCGUCAAAGGACAAGACGAACGGAAUGUCGACCCGACGUCGGUACCCGAUCGUCCACCAGAUCCUCAAGGAGUCCACGCUCGGUCUGCCGCCUGACGCUGUAGGACACUCGUUCGUGUCGAUCAACAACUGGCGCACCUUUGGGCUGAAGGCAGAGGAACUGCGCACUCUUCUCGGAGCCGCGUCGAAACCCGCUGUGCUGCGCUUUCGCCGACGAGACGCUUUGUUGCGUUCUCAGCCGACGGGUCUGCCGACGUUGUUGCACACGGUCACCGCCACCACUGACGAUGGGUCCACAGACGACCGAGAAGCGACAUUCGGAUCGGCGUAUAGCAUUCUCUGGAGCGAAGGAAAGUUAGGCAUCGUCUUCGGCUGCUACGAAGACGCAAACAGCCACGACACGCUCGUGGUCUACGUGAAAAGCAUCGGACCAGGACAAGCGCUGAAGUCCACACUCGUCGACGUGGGCGAUAUUCUCCACAGCAUCGACGGUCGAGAUCUCCCGCCCAAGCAAAACUUCAAAAAGGCAGUGCGAAAGCUGAUCAAUGCCAGCACCUCGCGGCCUGUGACGCUAGGGUUUCGUCGCACGUCGUGGAGUGCGCGAUCCACCGGACGGCACACCCUUCGAGAGUCGUAA